AUGAAUCUCUUUGCGCCGACUUUUCUUUUACAACGAGAACAAAACGAACGUUUUAUUUCUCGGCGUCUCUGUUGCCGGUUUUUACCCUUUUCUUCUUUUUCUUUUGUUUUCUUUUUUCGUCUUCCGCCUGAAUAUAUCUUUGCACUUGAAUCAUCAUUUUUCUUUCUUUCUUUCCUUCCUUCCUUCUUUCUUUUUGAUUGCCUGUCAUUUGUUCAAGAACAUUAUUUUAUUAUGUUUUUUUCUCACCCCAUUUCUCUCUCGUGCUUCGGCUUCUUCUUUUCUUCUUCUUUCUCCCCCCGCUUGUUCUCUUUCUUCUUAUCCCCCUCCAUUUUUAUUUCUUUAAUCUCUUUCUUUUUUUUUUUCCUGCCUUCAUUCUCUUUAUUUUUUUUCUUCUCUUCUUUUCUUUCGUGUAAAAAAGCAACUCAAAAUAACUUUGAAUCUAAGGAAGUAUGUAAUAUCUAUCUAUCUAUCUAUCUAUCUAUCUAUCUAUCUAUCUAUCCCAUUCUGUUAAUAUGUAUAUAUUUAUCUAUCUCAUUCUGUUAUCUUAUAAAAGUGUGUCAGAAUCAUUGCAAAUCGAAUGGGAGAGCAGAAGCAGAAAUCUAUCUAUCUAUCUAUCUAUCUAUCUAUCUAUCUAUCUAUCUAUCUAUCUUAAAAAUCAACAAUCUAUCUAUCUAUCUAUCUAUCUAUCUAUCUAUCUAUCUAUCUGAUUUUGUUCAUAUAGUUCAUGGGCAGACUGAAACGGCAAUCUAUCUAUCUAUCUAUCUAUCUAUCUAUCUAUCUAUCUAUCUUAUAUACACUGGUGUAUAA